CUUCAUUUCACUUGUAAUAUAUCAUCAUUAAUAUUUUUAAUUUCGUAUGAUUUGGAAACUUUUACGAAAAAUGACUAUUGAUAAAGUUCAGCGUUUAGAUUAUAGUAACAAAAUAAUUUUGGCACCCAUGGUAAGAGUUGGCACUCUACCCACCAGAUUAUUGGCCCUGGAGAUGGGUGCCGAUAUUGUAUACACCGAGGAAUUAAUUGAUUUAAGAUUAAUUAAAUGCAAAAGAACAGUAAAUGAGGCUUUGGGCACUGUUGAUUUUAUUGAUCCUACUGAUGGUACUGUCACAUUUCGCACCUGCGAUUUGGAAAAGUCUCGUGUAGUGCUACAAAUGGGUACCAGUGAUGCAGAAAGAGCAUUAGCGGUGGGCUUAAAAGUGCAACACGAUAUUGCUGGUCUAGAUAUUAAUAUGGGUUGUCCUAAGGAAUUUUCCAUUAAGGGAGGCAUGGGUGCCGCACUUUUGUCGCAGCCCGAUAAGGCCACACACAUAUUAAAAACUCUAGUUGAUGGUCUGCAAAUACCAGUUACAUGCAAAAUACGAAUUUUACCUAAUUUGGAAGAUACUAUCGAAUUGGUAAAGAAACUAGUUAGCACUGGUAUAGCGGCGAUUGGUAUUCACUGUCGUACCAGAGAUGAACGACCACAACAUGAACCACAUCCGGAAGUAAUUAGGGAGAUUGUGAAACAUAUUGACAUACCAGUAAUUUGUAAUGGUGGCUCUCGUGACAUACAGAAAUACGAAGAUAUUUUAAAGUUUCGUAAAUUGUGUGGUGCUUCCAGUAUAAUGGUGGCUAGGGCUGCUCAAAUGAAUGUGUCCAUUUUUAGGAAAGGAGGAUUUUUGCCCAUGGACGAGCUUAUUUGUAAAUAUUUAAAAUUAAGUGUGGACUACGACAAUCCUCCUCACAAUACAAAGUAUGGUGUACAGAGCAUAUUAAGAGAACAGCAAGAGACACCAAGGGGCAAACAAUUUUUACAAUCGCAAACUAUGAAGCAGAUAUGUGACAUUUGGGAUUUAGGGGAAUAUUGCCGUCAAAAGGAAUUGGAACUGCACAACAAAAGUAAAUAUGGCAGACGAAAAGUUGUGCCCGGACAAGUGGCCGACUCGGAUGUGUUGGAGACAGUGGCGAAAAAAGCCAAAACUGAAGACGAAGAAGACAUCAUAGAACAAAAUGUAGCUUUUCUACGUAGCAAUUACAAUAUGAAUGUAGAUAAAUUUCCUAAAACACUUUUAUAUGAACAUUCGAACAAGCACGAUAAAUUACAGCCUGUUUACGAGACAGAGGGUAAAGACAAACUAUUUCGUUCGAUUUGUAAGUAUGAUGGUAAACGUUACCGUAGUACAUAUUGGCAAAAGAAUAAGAAACAAGCGGAACAGGCGGCUGCCUUAGUGUGUUUAAAAAAUAUUGGUCUAGUAACGGAUGAGGAGCUCAUAAAAAAUGGUAGUAUUUUAAGCUGAUCUUAAUAAAAGAAUGGCAAUUCAUGUUGUCUUUAAGUUUGAAAACCAAAACAAA